AUGUGUCGGGAUAUUCGGAGCAGAGUGAGUGCGUUCCCAUCCUGUCACUUAGUUGUCGGCGGAGUUGCUGACAUGUUGUCACUCUUGCCUGGCGGGCCUGCAUGCGUUCUGGCUCACAACUGCCCUAGGGUCUCAGCCAUGGGCAUUUGGAUGCUAUGCGCGCUGCUGCGCAUGCCGCUGAGUGCGUCCACAUGGCUGUGGACUAGUCAGAGGGGCACGGAGCUUUGGGACUUCGCUGCGGCGCUGCAUGUGGACUCCCGGGGCAUUUUUCUGGCCGGGGACGCGGCCGGGCCGCUGGAUGGCAACCACUUCGCUGGAUCCAGAGACGUCUUUCUGAUGAAGUUCGGCCAUGGAGGUGCUUGGCAGUGGACCACCCAACGGGGCACCAACGCAUCGGACCAUGCGCGGGCCAUGUGUGCAGAUGGCUCUGGAAAUCUCCUGGUGGCCGGGUACACUUUUGGUGCCAUGGGCCCAGGCCAUGGCAGUGCCGACCCCUUCCUCUCCAAGCUAGAUUCAGAGGGUGGCUGGUUGUGGACUCAGCAGUGGGGCACCAGCUCCUGGGACUACGCCCGGGCUCUGGACGUGGACCACGAUGAUGUUCUGGUGGCCGGGUACACGGGGGCCGCCAUGGCCGGCGACCAUUUCGGCGGCGCCGAUGUCUUCCUCGCCAAGUUCCGGCCUGGCGGGGAGCGGCUCUUCGUGGUGCAGCGGGGCAGCGAGGAAGAUGACUUCGCGCAGGCGGUGCGCGUGGACGGAGAAGGCAACAUCCUGGUGGCCGGCAGCACUUCUGGGGCCUUGGAUGGGAACACCAAUGCCGGUGGCAAGGACCUCUUCCUGGCCAAGUUCGAUGCUUCGGGGUCGUGGCAAUGGACGGUGCAGCGGGGCGGUCCGGCAGACGAGGAAGCCAUGGCAUUGCGCCUGGACAGCUUCGGCAACGCCUGGGUGGCAGGAGAGACCAGUGGCGAGCUGGAUGGCUGCAAAAGCGCCGGCAGCUCCGACAUCUUCCUCCUGCAGCUCAGCCCCUCCGGCGCUUGGCGCUGGACCGUGCAGCGGGGCAGCGCGGAGUAUGACGCCGCCUGGGCGCUGGACUUGGACCACGGCCGCGCCGUGGUGGCAGGGUACACCGGGGGCAGCCUCGAUGGCUUUCCCAAUGCCGGCAGCGCCGACCUCUUCGUCAUGAUCUUUGAGGGACCCACUUGGAUAUGGACCUUCCAGCGGGGCACUUCUGGGUGGGACCACGCUCGCGGAGUUUACUUGAAGGGCCGCGACCUGGUGCUGGCGGGCUCCACCCAAGGAGCCUUGGACAACAGCACUUUCCACGGCGGGGAGGACAUCUUCGUCAUGAAGCUCCAGGCUUGA